GUCGACGUUACACUCAACCAACAAAAAUGUCCGAGACCGAGUCCUCGGCUUUAACCGCCAUUGUUAUCAAGCAAAACGCGUCCAUUGAGUCCACAGUAGACCGCGCGCUCGCUAUUCUGCUGUCAGACGAUGCCUCUGUUCCUUCAGCGACUGGGAAUGCUAUUACAAUUCAAGGAGCAGGAUCAGUGACAACCAAAGCUAUCACGAUUGUCGAGAUUAUCAAGAGACGGUUGGAAGAAGCACAGCUCAAGUGGUGGCAGUACAAUGAAUUAGAUGGGGUGGAACCACCAAAGACAGAGGCAGAUGAGAUUAUGGAGCAAGGCCGGCUAUCGGGAUUGUCACUGGAGAAGAAGACGGAGCACAAGAAGCCCAGGUUGACAAUGACAAUCAGUCUAACACCGCUUGACGGUCGUGGUAAAGCUAGUCAGAGCAGUAUGGCAUAAAUCGGAUGAGAGAUUUGUGGGACUUAAUGGGAGCGUUUUCAUGGGUUUCUUCUGGCGUUUGGAGUUCG